GGAGAGCGGGACGGCCCCGGCGCGCCCCCGCGGGAGGUCAGGGGGCGGGCCCGCAGUCACACUCCGCCAUGGCGCGGCCGCGGCUCUUCGAGCGGCUCCGGGCGGCGGUGCUCGGCGUGGUGCACGUGGGCGCGCUGCCAGGGACACCGAGAAGUUCUCUUCCCUUGGCGCAAAUCAUCGAUCAAGCUUGUCAAGAAGCAGAAGCAUACAAAGAUGCUGGAGUUGAUGGCUUGAUAGUGGAGAACAUGCACGACCGGCCCUACACGCUGUGCCCUGGGCCUGAGGUGACGGCCGCCAUGACGGCGGUGGGCGCAGCGGUGCGGCGGCUCUGCCCACACCUCGCCUUGGGCGUCCAGGUGCUGUGUGCCGCCAACCAGCAGGCCACGGCCGUGGCUCUCGCGGCAGGUCUUGAUUUUAUUCGAGUUGAAGGUUUUGUGUUUUCUCAUGUUGCUGAUGAAGGGAUCAUAAAUGCCUGUGCAGGUAACCUGCUACGAUAUAGAAAACUAAUUGGAGCAGAGCAUAUUCAGAUUUUUGCUGACAUUAAAAAAAAACACAGCGCUCAUGCCCUGACGGCAGAUGUCAGCGUGGCUGAGACCGCCUCUGCUGCUGAGCUCUUCCUGGCUGAUGGGGUGGUACUGACUGGUACGGCAACCGGGCUGCCUGCAGACCCUGGGGAGCUGAGAGAGGUUCAACAUGCUGUGAAGAUUCCUGUUUUGAUUGGAUCUGGAGUUACUCUGGAGAAUGUGAAGAAUUACUUGGAUGCAAAUGCUCUAAUAAUUGGUUCGUAUUUCAAGAGAGAAGGUUAUUGGGUGAAUGGUGUUGAUCCUGACCGAGUGAAGAAAUUUAUGGAGCACAUAAGUAAACUGAGAGAAUGAGUUAGUCAGCAAGCACUAUUUCCCUGUUUGUGUACAUAAAUGCAGCGUGAUAUAUCAUACAGAAUUAAAGCACAAAUGUGCACUUGAAUGGCUGAUAACUUUAAAUGAAAACGCACAUCAUCUCUGCAACUGGCUGUGGAACAUGGUGGCACUUUACGAUGAGCUGGUGCUAUGGUCUUUGUUUCUAGACCGUGUGUUUCUGUGGCACUCACAGCCAUUGCCAAGACAAAACCAGCUCUCCAAAUGUGUGUAGCAUAUUCUGUCCUAUAAGUAAAGUGCUUACGGAUUGCAGGAUGAGCUGAGUUUUGUUUUGCAUGUUAAUACAAUAGGACACCCUAAGUUUACAGCUAACAGUAUUGUAAAUUGGACAAGUUAAUUAGCCUUUCAGUUUCCCCAUCUGUAAAAUGAUGAUAAUAGUACCUACAUCACAGGGGGGUUGUAAGACAUAAUGAAUGGAUGAACGUACAGCACUUUCAUCUCCUCAAAUGAAGGGCUCUAUUAAAGUUCAAGAUCAUUAUUUUUUCA